GUGGGUGGUGGGAAGGGGGGCAGAAAAAUGUUGCCUGACGGCUGCCUCGAGGCUGCCGGGCCUGUGCCCGCCCGCCUGUCCUGUCCUGCUCUGUCUAACUCCUAACUCGGUAAUUACUGCUCCCCUCCCCCAGUCCCUACCCCCAUCCCAACCACCACAUCAAAGCCAGUGAUGCCCCAGCUCCAUUAACCCCUGCCUCCCCACUGCCCACCUGUGGCCCCCACUCACCCUUCCCCACACAGACACAAUUUGGUUCCCUGUGUCCUUCCUCACACUUUUAUCUCCAUCUUUUUUUUUUUCUUUUUUUGAGAGGCAGGGGCUUUCCCUUCCCAGACAGACUUCACUGUGCAAAAGGGCUUCCUGCUUGCCAGAGCUCUGGAGGCGAUGCCCUCCACUGGAUGCCUGGAGGACAGUGGUCAUACUCUUGCAUGUACAACGGGGAACACACAUCUGAGGAAGGGAAGCUGCCAAGGCUGAGGCCUGGAAAAGGGACUGGAUGGCUACCCCACCCCCAAGCCAUCCCUACUGGGGAGCUUGAUGGAGAGCCAGCAUCAGCAUUGACCAGGAAGGAUCAGGGACCCCAGAUAAAGACAGGAUGGCCUAAUGACCAGGACCAGUAUGGACACACAAAGAACUAAGCUGCGUUGAGCUUGGGACCUCACACAGUAGCUCCGAGAUGAGAGGUCCGCCUCCGCAGCGCCCCCAAGCCGCGGCGAGGGAACAGCUGCGGGCUGAGCGCUCCCUCCCAAGACCUGACAAUCAGAGAGAACCCGAUCCCCGAGGGCCCGCUGCCAGGGGCCAGCCCAGAAUAGUUGCCACCCCGCCACCACCGCCGCCUGUCGCGCACUCGCUAGCGGACUUAGGGCUGGCCGCAUGGAGUCUGAGCUGGAACACACACUGCCUGGGACCCUGACCUGGAGCCACAGUGGGUGUCCAGAGAGUCAAGCACUCCCUCCUAAUCGAACAGGUCCUUCCCUCCUUCCAGAGAUGGACUUCCUAGAACAAGGAGACAACUCGUGGCCAUCACCAGCUGUGACCACCAGCCCAGAAAGAACCCGGGCAACCCGGGGCGUCAAGGCUUCCAGAUGGACAAGGCAGGCGGCUGUGGAGGAAGUGGAGCCGCCCGGUUUGGAAGAAGGUGCCCAGGCCAGACCAGCUGCUGAGUCCGCCAGGCAGGAAGCCACAUUCCCCGAGGAGGCCACACCCUUGGCUCAAGCCGUUCCCUUGGCUGGAGUGGAGACCUCCCCCAGCGGGUGGGACCUCCUCUUGCCCGACUGUGCAGCCUCAGAAGUGGGUUCCAGCACAGGGGACCUGGAGCUGGCCAUCGAGUUCCCAGACCCAGAGGCCUGGGACGGUGAGCUCGAAGGCCUUGGGGAGGACAGGCCUCGGCCUUGCCCAUCCCCACAGGCCCCACUUCUCAGCUUGAGCUGGGAUGAUGAGUUGCAGAAGCCUGGGGCCCAGGUCUAUAUGCACUUCAUGCAGGAACACACCUGCUAUGAUGCCAUGGCCACCAGCUCCAAACUGGUCAUCUUUGACACUACGCUGGAGAUUAAGAAGGCUUUCUUUGCCAUGGUGGCCAACGGCGUGAGGGCAGCCCCUCUGUGGGACAGCAAGAAGCAGAGCUUUGUGGGCAUGCUCACCAUCACAGACUUCAUCCUGGUGUUGCACCGUUACUACAGAUCUCCCCUGGUCCAGAUCUACGAGAUUGAAGAACAUAAGAUUGAGACCUGGAGGGAGAUCUACCUACAAGGGUGCUUCAAGCCUCUCGUCUCCAUCUCUCCCAAUGACAGUCUGUUUGAAGCUGUCUAUGCCCUCAUCAAGAACCGAAUCCACCGCCUGCCGGUCCUGGACCCGGUCUCCGGCACUGUGCUCUACAUCCUCACACACAAGCGGCUACUCAAAUUCCUGCACAUAUUUGGUGCCCUGUUACCACGGCCCUCCUUCCUCUGCCGCACUAUCCAAGAUUUGGGCAUCGGCACAUUCCGAGAUUUGGCUGUCGUUCUGGAAACAGCUCCUAUCCUGACCGCGCUGGACAUCUUUGUGGACCGGCGUGUGUCUGCGCUGCCUGUGGUCAAUGAAUCUGGUCAGGUCGUGGGGCUCUACUCCCGCUUUGAUGUCAUUCACCUGGCUGCCCAGCAAACCUACAACCACCUAGACAUGAGUGUGGGAGAAGCUUUGAGGCAGAGGACACUGUGUCUGGAGGGGGUUCUCUCCUGCCAGCCCCAUGAGAGCCUCGGCGAAGUCAUUGACAGGAUUGCACGGGAACAGGCUCUCCAGCCUUCCCUAAUUGUCCUUGCUAUACCUACACUCCCAGAGGCCUUCGGGCAUACCCAGUACACCAGGAUGAUGAAAUUAAGAGCAAUCGAGUCAAGCCUGAAAGUCCUGAACCAGAGACACUGUGAUCAGCUUAGGACAAUCUGUGUGCCCUGUCUCUUUUUAAGCCUUUUCCUCCCACCUGGGUCAGGACUGAGCUCGAUGUGGCAGGGAGCAUGCAGCCUACGGAUUUAGCUGGGCACCUGGAAUGCUUGGUUCUGGAUACACGUGCCCAGCUCCUACGAGGCCUGGCUGUUCUUUCCCUGCAGAAGAUCCCACUGGGCUACCACCAUCAUACAAGCUGCUGGCGGCCAACAUUGAGCAGCCCUUGAUUCUAGAGCUAUCUGUUGGGGCUAUAGGCAUUCAUCAUGGUGCCCAGCAGGUAGCUUUUACUAUCUACAGCUGAAGCGGGACUGUCACGGUGCCCUUUUUUGGGUGUCCAUAAGGGGUCUGCCAUUGAGGCAUGUGGUACUCUCAGGCUCCAAGAAGUAGGCCCAGCAGGGCUUCUGAUGCUCUUGUCCAGCGGGCUCCUCAGCUCUCACUAGUAAGCAAUGUUCCACUCCCCUCAGUAUCCCCUACCCCCAGAUAGAUUCAGAUCUUUGAGAAUGAGCAAUGAAGAAAAAAGAAACAAAAGAGCAAGCCCUGACCUUGGAUGCUCCAGGCUUACUCAAAGGCUGCAGUCAUUGAAAUGAACUUACGGCCAGCUCCUUGUGUCUCCUGAAUUCAAAGACUUGAAGGAAAGUCUGUCUGAACUUGGCAAAAACUACACAUGGCCUUUCUUUUGUGCUUAUUGUUAUUGCUAAUGUUAUUCUGUCAAUAUUUUUUAAUCUUUGAUUUGUAACAAAAUGAUAAGGAAAAUGUUUAUUCAUUACUCACCUAGCAGGUGGAACCCAGUCUGCAAAUGGGAGUCUGCAGGAAACAUAGCUGAUCCUGCAAUGCUGGAUGAACUCAAUUCACCAAGUACAAAGAAAUGAAUCUCAGUCGAUUCUGGGUCUCUUCGUCUGCCGUUAUCCUCCCCCGUGAUGGCAUGGGUCCUCAGAUCCAGAAGUCCAACACAGGAAGAGUAGAUUCUUAUUUCUA